AUGAAAAUGUUCUUCGUGAGUUCUCGCGGGGGCUCUUUCUAUUCCCCAUAUUCUUUAAGUGCCUCUCGCUUCUUCUUAUUCUCCUCUUCACCGGAAUCGACGGGACCGUCCAACAUUCACCCGAACACAACAGGAUUCCGUUCACUCGCUACUGUCGUCACACUGAUACGAUGCUGUGUGUGAUGGUCGACAUCUGGUUCGGACGGUACGAAGCAGCCAGAAUGUUUCCGAUGGAAUGCACCGAAGAUCUGCCUUGUCCGGAAGGGUCCGAAUGCGAGAAACACUCCGAAUGUUGGGCCGAAGUGAAGCACAAAAAGAGAGGCAUCGAGAUGAAGUUGGAGCAAUCAAAAUGGAUUGUGAACCCUGUGAACCAUGCUAAAUUGGAAUGA